UGCGCCCUCCACCCACAGCUCAGGCUUUCGUCCCACUCCCACCCGAAAGAAAGCACAUUCGGACGCUUGCUGCUCCGUCAUUUACCCAUCCCAGCCUCCAAGACCGGGAUUUCGGUUCUCUCGCCACACAAUUUUACGAAAACACCCCUCACCCACCGGCGUGCGACCGACGCCGGCGAUGCUCCGGCCGUCAUCGUCGUCGUCGCGGCGCCUCCUCCAGAGCAGCAGCGACAGCGGCGGCGCCAACCCCAACCGUAUCCCGGGCAUCCCCCCGGCCGAUCCGCCCGCGGGAGUCAACUCCGAUGUCGUCGUCAUCCUCGCGGCCCUGCUCUGCGCGCUCAUCUGCGUCGUCGGCCUCGCUGCGGUCGCACGCUGCGCCCGCUCCCGACGCAACAGGGCCGCCACCGACGGCAGCCCCUCCUCCCCCUCGAGCAACCCUGCCGACGCGGGGCUCUUCGGCGGAGGUGGGCACCAUGCCGCCGGCGCGCCGGGGGCCAGCGUGACCACGAUGACGACCGUCAGCAAGGGGCUCAAGAAGAAGGAGCUCAAGGCGCUGCCGAAGCUGGCGUACGCGGACGCGGUGGCCGCGGCCGCCGCGGCGAGGGGCGCCGCGCCGUCGGCGGGGGAAGGGGAGGAGGGGAAGGCGGAGGAGAUGCUCUCGGAGUGCGCCAUCUGCCUGUCGGAGUUCGGGGAGCGGGAGGAGGUGCGCGUGAUGCCGCAGUGCGGGCACGGUUUCCACGUCGCGUGCGUCGACACCUGGCUGCGCUCCAACUCGUCCUGCCCGUCCUGCCGCCGCCCCAUAGUCCUCGACGACCCCGCGCCGCCCAAGCGGUGCCGCAAGUGCGAGUCCAUCGUCCUGGAGGCCGUCGUCGCCUCCUCCUCCUCCGCCGCCGCCGCCGGCCGCGGCGGGGGAUUCUUGCCGUAGCAGGAGUGGUUGCCUGGUCGUGUUUCUGAGGGGCGGGCCCAGGUCCGUCCCGGUAGUUGAGCUGCUCCCAUCUGCCCGUGGCCCACAUGUCAGUAGUGCAGAAAAGAUCUCUCCUCUAAAGAAAUGGAAAAGGAAGCUGAAUAAUUAGAAAUAUGAUUCUUUUUGUACAACUUUUGGAGUUCUACUGCUUGAGCUAGCUUGUGGGGGCAUGACAUCUGUUGCACUUGCACACUUGCAAUUGCUACUGUAAAUUGUAAAAAAGCAUGAACUGGGGUUAAAAAAUAUAUAUAUUUGUAUUUUAUA